UUCAGACCAGGUGCCAUUUUGUUGGAUGACAAGUGAUUAGCUAGCCAGCUACAUAGGUCCUACUUUCUUGUGAAUUUGAAUUGUUGUUUUUUUCCGGUGAUCUGAAUACCAGGUAUCUUUUGUUAAGUGCACUGCUUGGACGAUAUUAUCUGUAAUAGUAGGGAACUUCAUAUACAAAUCAUUCCAAGGCGCGUAAACUCGUGCUAGCUUGUAAAUGUUAUAGCUAGCAAGCUAGCAUCUCAUUCAUUUUUUCUUGUGUGCGUAUAUAGAAGACGACAGUCUUCUGUUCUCAUGGCCGCCAGCUAUCGAAUUUUGUAGCAACCGUAAGCAAUCUGUAGUUAUUUGCAUCUUCGUGUUGUCGUAGCCUCUUAAUCAAUUUUCUCGACCAAAUAGACCAGUGCGUUUCCUUUUUAUUUAUUUUUAACUGAAGCAGAAGUGAUUUCAGCGCGUACUUAUUUAGCCUGUGUAUCUUACAGCUUCCAAUCCCCGCGUGCAGCCACUAGCUUUGUGUUCGUGCAGUAGCAAGCUAACUAGUGAGUGACGUUGGCUAACCCCCUGCCAAUCUAGACAGAAUGGCAGAGUUAUACAUUCGCGUGGCCGAAGAUGAAAACGAAGAACCCAUGGAGAUCCCAUCUGAAGAUGACGGGACAGUUUUGCUAUCGACAGUAGCGGCGCAGUUCCCUGGUGCCUGCGGCCUACGUUACAGGAGCCCCGCGUCCCAGUGCAUGCGAGGCGUUCGCCUUGUAGAGGGUGUUUUGCAUGCUCCAGAGAGCGACUGGGGUAACUUGGUUUAUGUCGUCAAUUAUCCCAAAGUUGGUGUGAUCCUGCCAGAUAACAAAAGAAAGAUGGAUGAAAUGGACGCAGCCUCUGCCGUUAAAAUCAAGAGGGGUAUCCAGAAAACAUCAGACUUGAUUGUCCUUGGGUUACCGUGGAAGACGUCAGAGCAGGACCUGAAAGACUACUUCAGCACUUUCGGCGAGGUCAUCAUGGUGCAGAUUAAGAGGGAUGUCAAGACUGGGAACUCAAAGGGCUUUGGAUUCGUUCGUUUCACGGAGUACGAGACGCAGUCCAAAGUGAUAUCUCAGAGACACAUGAUUGAUGGAAGAUGGUGUGACUGCAAACUACCCAACUCUAAGGUGGGUCCCGACGAGCCCCAGCGCUGCCGCAAAAUCUUUGUGGGCCGCUGCACUGAGGACAUGACCACUGACGAGCUGAGGCAGUUCUUCAUGCAGUACGGCGAGGUCACCGACGUGUUCAUCCCCAAACCCUUCCGGGCGUUUGCCUUCGUCACCUUCGCCGAUGACCAGGUGGCCCAGGCCCUGUGCGGAGAGGACCUGAUCAUCAAGGGAGUCAGCGUCCACAUCUCCAACGCCGAGCCUAAGCACAACAACAGUAGGCAAAUGAUGGAGCGUGGGCGGUUUGGGACAGGAGGGUUCGGGGCUCAGGGCUAUGGGAGCAACCGGGGGGGGUUAGGCAGCAGUAGCAGUGGAGUGAACUUCGGGACACUCAGCCUCAACCCGGCCAUGAUGGCUGCCGCUCAGGCAGCGCUGCAGAGCAGCUGGGGCAUGAUGGGAAUGCUGGCUAACCAGCAGGGGCAGACAACCACGGCAGGCACCACCACUGCCACCACCAGAGACCAGACCUAUAGCUCCAAUAGCGCCAGUUAUAGUAGCCCCAAUUCAGCUAGUCUUGGAUGGGCUGCAGGCACCAACUCUGCCUCUAGCAGUGGGGGCUUCAGUUCUGGCUUUGGCACCUCUAUGGAGUCUAAGACGUCUGGGUGGGGAAUGUAGGAAGCUGUGGAGACGGGGUUGAUACUGUUAUUUGGGGGGGGGGGGGGGGUGUUCUUGGAAGUUUAUCUAGACAUUUUACUAGACUAGUUCUGGUAAGUAUUGAUAAAAAAAUAUAUAUAAUUAAAAUAAGGGACUGGGAGGACGAUCCAUAUUUAGUCAUCUUUUUAUAUAUAUAUCUGUCUCCCAGCUAUUUAAAAGCUUAAAUUGCCUUUUGUUUUGUUAGACAUUUAAACAUGCAUUUGUAUGUGUGACUAAUGCUAUAGCGAAUCAGUGCACAGUGGUUGAGGUGUUUAGUUUGUUAGUGGUUAAAGACUACACUACACAUGUAGUACUUUUUCUGUUUGUUUCUUUUUUUUUCUUUCUUGAUGUUAUUUUGAAUGCGUCGUGACUCAGCAUGCGAAGUACGUAUAUCCGAACCAUGCUAGAGUAUGACAAGCACCGCCCCUCUGCAACCAUGUGCAAAUGCUGUAGAAUUGGAAGUGAUGUUUAAUCUAUGUGUGCAGUUGAUUUGUAAAUCUUUCUCUGCUGUUUUAUGAACACGCCUUCAUGAAAAUCUCUUCUACAGUUCAACAACUCUUUUCCAAUUUCCCGGGAAGAAGCCCAUCGUUGGCAGCAAUGUUCGACCGAUCUCAAUAUCAGUACCCCUCUUCUCAUGUCUAAAUGCUUUGCCAUCAAAGAACACAGCUUCACUCUGCAUAUACUGUGUUAGACGGUGGGUGUUGCCUUUUUCUCUCUCUCUCUCUUUCAUGGAUUACAAAAAAAAAAAAAAACGAAAAAUAACUACAAAACAAAAUAUGAUCGUACCGCUUUUGAAAUCAUUGAGUGGGGUUGUUGGUGGUGGUCGAAGAGUGAGAGACUGAAAGUGAGCGAGCGGAAGAGGGCAAAAGUGAAAGAAAGCAGGUGUGAAAAAGGACUGUUUGUGCUGAAGAUGCCUGCGCGAGUGAAGACCACCUGUGGCUUUGGUGAGAGAGUGUGAGAGAGAGAGGAAGAAGCCGGUACGAGUGUGUCCCUUUUCACCAUCACAAGGACGUUUUUUGCAGCAUCUCGAGAUCUUUAAGGUCUCCCUCUCUCUCCUUCCUCCCUGUUUUUCUAUCAAGCUAUAGUCUUUGCAACACAGUGAAAUGUUAAGUGUUAAAAACAAAAAAAACAAAAAAAAAGUUUUUUCCUCGGAUCCCUUUAUCUUGCUGUCUGAUUUGAUGUGAAUGCUGUGUGCUUUAUUUACUCUUUGUUACGAUAAACCCCUUUUUCGUGUGAAUAUGUGACUGUGCAGUCUGUAUGGAGAGCAAGGGGGGAGGUGUGUGAUGAUGCAAGUGUACUCUUGUUGUUUAGGGGGUGAUGUGGCGGGUGUUUGAAGAGUCCCUAUUGGAAAGUUUGUUUGAAGUGUUUCUGAAUGCAUUUUAUGUGUUUUUGUGACUCAAGGGAAUUCUCAAAUAAAACUAAAUUUGACUAGG